AUGAAGGAGCUUCAAGACAUCCGCAAACUGAGCGACCACUUCAUCUCGGUGGAGCUGGUGGAUGACAACCUCUUCGACUGGAAUGUCAAGCUGCACCAGGUGGACAAGGACUCCACCCUCUGGCAGGACAUGAAGGAGACCAACACCGAGUACAUCUUGCUCAACCUCACCUUCCCGGACAACUUUCCCUUCUCCCCUCCUUUCAUGAGGGUGCUGAGCCCCAGAUUGGAGAAUGGCUAUGUGCUGGAUGGUGGAGCCAUCUGCAUGGAGCUCCUCACCCCCAGAGGAUGGUCCAGUGCCUACACGGUGGAGGCAGUCAUGAGGCAGUUCGCAGCCAGCCUUGUUAAAGGGCAGGUAAGCAAAGGGCAGGCAUCAAUCCGUGUUUAG